AUGGGGGACUGGAACUUGUUGGGGAAGCUGCUGGAGAGCGCCCAGGAACACUCCACCGUUGUGGGCAAAGUCUGGCUGACGGUGCUCUUCAUCUUCCGCAUCCUGGUGCUGGGAACCGCCGCUGAAAAGGUGUGGGGCGACGAGCUGUCCGGCUUCACCUGCGACACCAAGCAGCCUGGUUGUCAGAACGUUUGCUAUGACAAGACCUUCCCCAUUUCUCACAUCCGCUUCUGGGUGAUGCAAAUCAUCUUUAUCUCCACGCCGACCCUCAUUUAUCUGGGCCACAUCCUUCAUCUGGUCCGCAUGGAGGAAAAGGAAAAGCAGAAAGAGAAGGAUCGCGAGCUCCAAAACGAGAAGCAGCAGCAGAUGCUUGACAGAAAGACAAAGAAGGCCCCAGUUAAAGACACCGGGGGCCAUGUGCGUUUGCAAGGCGCGUUGCUGCGAACCUACGUCUUAAACAUUGUUUUCAAGACCCUGUUUGAAGUGGCCUUUAUUGUUGCUCAGUACCUCCUGUACGGCUUUGAGCUCAAGCCGAUGUACACCUGUGACCGCUGGCCUUGCCCCAACGUGGUGAACUGCUACAUCUCCCGACCCACCGAGAAGACGAUCUUCAUCCUCUUCAUGCUGGCGGUGGCCUGUAUCUCCCUGCUGCUCAACCUGGUGGAAAUGUACCACCUUGGUUUCACAAAGUGCCACCAGGGCCUCCGCUACAGACGAUCGCAGGCCGCAAUCGAGGCCUCCAGGCACCUCACUGAGCCGGUCAUGCCCUUCGUACCGAGCUACAACUACUUUGCCGGUCAUCCUGUGGUUCCAGAGCCCUUCCCCGCAGACUCGAAGUACGGCAUAGUGGAGCCAAACUCUGCUUACAGCCCCUACAACAGCAAAGCGGUUUACAAGCAGAACAGAGACAAUAUGGCUGUGGAGAGGAAAGGGAAAUCGGAGGGGGAGGAUGUGAAUGACAGGAAAACCUCCACUCCUGCCAUUGAGAUGCCCGUUGAAAACCAACGCAGAAACAGUCAGUCGAGCAAGCACAGCAACAACAAGAGCAGGCUGAACGACCUUAAGAUCUAG